AUGGAAUCCCUCAAAGCAGUUUUCUUUAAACCAGACCCUGCAACCCAGAUGAGAAAAUGCAACGCUCUCAUAAGAAGUAAUACGCGGAAACUCGAUCGUGACAUUGCCCAGUUGAAAACACUCGAUAUAAAAACCAAACAGUUUAUUGUUGCGGCGUCGCGCAGGGCGCAGAGAAAUCCAUCGCAAGCAAACCAAGCGGCCCAAGAAACCAGAGUAUUCGCAAAGGAGUUGGUCAGAAUACGAAAACAAUCGUCACGGUUGAAUACAAGCAAGGCCCAGCUGGAAAGUGUAAGAAUGCAGGUCAAUGAAGCGUUUGCUGUGCGCAAAAUUGAAGGCAGCUUGAGAACAUCGACAGGGAUUAUGAAGGAUGUCAAUACGCUGGUUAGAUUACCCCAAUUGUCAGAGACUAUGCGCCAGUUAAGCCUUGAACUCGUCAAAGCAGGCAUACUUGAAGAGAGCAUAGACGAUGCACUACCGAGCGAUCAGCUUCUAGAAGGCGAGGAAGAAGCAGCAGAUGCCGAGGUUGAUAAAGUUUUGCAGGAAGUGUUACAGGGGAGGCUUGCAAAGGCCGAGGGGCUCAGACCGGAAGAGCCAAUGGAGGAGCCAGCAGCGGAGGAAUUCGAAGACCAAGAAGCUACGCUGGAGCAGAUGAGGGGUCGCCUCGAGGCUUUGAAAAGUUGA